UUAGAAUUUGUGACAUUCCAUUUUCCUUGUCGCGUGUGGUAGAAUGGCAUUGUAAAUGAAAGUGUUGGCUUUUGCAGCUAAAAUUGACCUUAAGUAAUAUCAGAAACUGUAACUGAAAUGACAAGAUUAACUAAAAACAACAGACCUGCUAACACAACUAGAAGCCCUCUCAUCAAUCCAAGAUCAGCGUUCAUUUUUGUUAGCUAGACCUAGCUAGCUAGUUCAUUCAUAUCAACUUGAGUCAACUUCGGAAAGAAGAAGGAUGCAUUUUGCUGAUUUCAUAGCCGGGUCGGUUGGAGGAGCCAUUGGAGUGGCUGUGGGGUACCCUCUGGAUACAGUUAAGGUGAGAAUACAGACCCAAAGGAAGUACACAGGUGUUUGGCAAUGCAUUCAUAGCACCUGGAAAACAGAAGGGGUGAACGGGUUCUACAAGGGGAUGUCCAUGCCGGUCACCACCGUCUCCAUCAGCUCCUCUGUGGUGUUUGGCACCUACAGGAACUGCCUGCAGGGCCUGCGUCAGCUGCACGGUGGGAGCCCGGACGCCCCACCCGCCAAACUGGACAUCCUCCUCUCAGGAUUAGCGGGAGGGGUAGCUCAGGUAUCAGUGAUGUCCCCAGCCGACAUUGUGAAGGUUCGCCUUCAAUGCCAGACAGAGCCCUAUCUGAGCUCCACCUCACAGUCCAGGCCCAAAUACCGUGGGCCUGUGCACUGCCUGCUGACCAUCGCCCGUGAGGAGGGUGUGCUGGGCCUGUACAAGGGUGCCAAUGCCUUAGCUCUCCGCGAUGGUGCCUCCUUUGCAACCUACUUCCUGACUUACAAUGUCAUCUGUGAACAGCUAACACCAGCCGGACAGAAGCAGCCAGGGUGGAUGGUGAUUCUGCUAGCUGGUGGAUUCUCAGGGAUGUGUGGCUGGACCAUCGGGACACCCAUGGAUGUGAUUAAGGCCCGGCUGCAGGUGGAUGGGAUGGGGAAGAGGAGGUACAGGGGCUUCGCACACUGCAUCACCGAGAGCCUGCGCAAGGAGGGCCCCGGGGUCUUCUUCAAGGGCCUGGGGCUCAACUGCAUGCGCGCCUUCCCUGUCAACAUGGCGGUGUUUGCCACAUACGAGCUGGUGGUGCGCAUCCUUAAGCAGUCACCCUAGAACGUCAGCCAAUGACCUGAUUACA